AUGGCCUCGAAUCCCGACUCUCGGCCCCUCCCCGACGGCUGGGUCACCCAGCUCAACACUGAGUACAACACCUGGUUCUACGUGAACACGAAGGCGCCCGGCGGUCCCCAGUCGCAGUGGACUCACCCGGCAGACGACAAGCCGCCUGCUCAUGAGUUCUCCUCCCCGUCCGGCCCACCUCCGGGCCAGAAUGAGAAGGCGGGAUACAACGCCGAGAAGAGCGAGUAUGCUCAGGCCGGACAGCAGCCGCCCUAUGACCAGCAGCAGUUUGCGCAGCAGCAGCAGUUCCAGCAGCCGUACCAGCAGUCGCCACCGCCACAGCAGCAGCAGCAGAGCGGCAAGCGAGGCUUCCUCUCCAAGCUGACCGGCAAGGCGUCCGGUAGCCAGCAGCAGGGCUUCGGUGGCGGAUACCCCGGCGGCUACGGCGCCCCACCGCCCCCGGGCUACGCUCAGCCCAUGGGCUACGGCCAGCAGCCGAUGUACGGCGGCUACCCCCAGCAGCAGGGGAUGUACGGCCACCAGCAGCCGAUGAUGAUGCAGGGCGGACGCCGCCCGGGCGGCGGCGGAAUGGGCGCUGGCGCUGGCCUCGCAAUGGGCGCAGGUGCCGGUCUUCUUGGUGGCAUGAUGAUCGGCAAUGCCAUGGCAGACGUGAGUAACAGUGCCCUCAUUCUCCUGUCGCUCCGAGUCGUUUCCAGAAGCGCACAAACAACGAGCACGAUGCCUACGCUGAGGGUUACGAAGAUGGCGCCGGCGGUGACGCACUCAAGUAGCGCGAUGGCGCCGACACAGUUCACAGACUUGAACGCCGACGUGCUCUUGCACGUCGCCGCGCUUUUGGCGCCCGCGCCUUCGACGCUCGGCGAGCACUGGCUGAACGGGGCCAGACCCACGCCAAGUAGCGCCGACCUGCGUGCGCUGCGGGUAACGUGUAGGCAUACCCGCGAGGCAUUACCCGCGUGCGGCCUUGACGUGCGCCUCAAGGAUGGACCCAUGGUGCAGAAUGAAAUGGCGCGCUGGGCCGAGGCGCCUGCGGAGGUGUUGGGCCGGGUCCGACGCAUUACCCUCCCGCCUUCGAGCCGCGGACAGGACAUCAUUACGCCAGCGACUGCGACUUCGCGCCUUGAGGUGUUAUGCACCCUGCUCUCCCGCUGCCCAAACCUCUCCACACUAGAAAUCGCCCACAACCCCUUCUGUGUGCACGACGAGUAUGGACUAGGCCGCGAGCGUCUCUUCCCACUCAUCCCCUCCCACCCUCCGACAUUACACACAAUCUCGAGUCUGAGUGUGGCGCUCAAAUGUAGGAUAUGCGCGAUCGAGCUCACGCGGCUCUUCGCUGCGUGGAGCAACCUUGCGUUCUUGCGUGCCAGCGUCAUGAUGCCGGCACAUGUCUCGCCUCGGCUUGCACUCGCGCCUCUGGUCAAUGAGAUGCACUCCCUGCGCACGCUGCGUCUCAAGGUCACAGACGACUGGUGGCUGCCAGACGUCCUCACCGCGCUCUCGCCAUGUCGGGCACUGAAGGAUCUGCACAUCGCUCCAUACGACGCCAGCCGCAAAGUUGCCGUUAUCGACUCGCUUGCUCGCCCAGGGCACGACGCCGGCCUCGGCGCAGCGGGAACCUUCAUGGAUGUCCAGAAUAUGAGCGAGAGCCCCGGUCGCGCCAAGCCCGCGACACCACUGGCGUCGUUCUUCGCCGCACUCAGCGCCUUUCAGAUCGAGGAGCUCGACCUCUGCCUCUCUCCCGCUGCCGUCGACCCGUCCUUGGCAGACAUGGACGUCGAUACGGAUUGGCGCGACAAAGCUGCUGAGGCCGCCGAGAAACUGGUCGAGACUUGCCCCACGCUCAGGCGCGGCUGGUGGUGGAUCCAGCUUGUCGAUCUCGACUACCACCAGCUGCAAGGGUACGAGCGCUGGGCGUGGGUGGUCGAUGAUGCGGGGGUCAGGCUCGCGGAUGACCCGCAUCGCCUGGCGCCGCUGGUACGCGCGCUCGACUCUUCCACCCUCUUCCCCCGUCAUGCCCGCCAUCCCCUCGUCACGGCCAUCCACGGCGCCCCUCGUGAGCUCGAAGACCUCGCCUUCCGUAACAAGGACCCCGGUGGCAUCGAAGUACCCCGCGUCGUCAUUCACAACGCCAUCCUCCUCGAGUUCGACGCGUCCGUUACUUGCGACGAAGGUCGUCCAAGCGUCGCCUUCGCUACAGACAAGAACCAGACCAAAGAGUUUGCCAAAGACUCUCCCAUCAUGGUCCCUGAAACGGCCCCUCCGCCGUCAAUUCGCGCGUACUCCCCAGUCACUAGCUCGCCCAUCCCCUCCAGCGACCGCGCAUCGUCGCCCUCCCGUCCCCGUCGGCCCAUCCUUAAGGCCAGCGACCCGUCUAUGAUCCGCGUCGCUCGAACCGUGCGCGAAGGCUCGUGGGCCAACCGUGAGCCAGCGAGGAGGCUUGUUGUUGGCAGCCGCCCAAGAGAUGUGGCGCGCAGCGGCUCUCUCGCCCAGUUGUGCGACACAGCUGAGGAUGGCGUUGCAGGCAGGCUACCUAGUGAGGACGACAUGCCUGGCUCGGAUGACAGCGCGGGCGCGGCGGAUGCACCUGCCAGCGACGGCUCUGACGAGGAGCCAGAGGAGGUUGAGUGUCUGCAUCCAACGUCUCUCGUCAAUGUAAUCCUCGAGGGUGCGGAGGAUCUCUUGACCCUAGAGGAGGCCUACACUACGCUUACGAAUAAGGUGCGCGAGCUUCCCCUUAUCUUCGGCCCUGUUACCGAGGCCGCACAGUUCCAGCUCGAUGCCGUCGCCGAGCCCAUCUCGGACGAGGCGCCAGCACUCGUCCGGGCUGUGACGCGCGACCUGAGCCGCUUGAUGGGGAAGGUUCCGCAAUCAGAGCACUCGCAGUCAUCAACGCCGUUUCGUGGUCUUAUGUUUGAAAGGGCUUCGACCAUACGCUUACCACCAUCACCGUCAAACUCCCCUAUGAAGAAGGGGUACUCGGAGGCCGAGAUCCGGUAUCGCCGGGAGGCCUCGAGUGUUGGCGCUGCUGCCCUCCGCUUCCUCGCUGCGCUGUACAGCUCGCCGCGUCUCUUCAGCUCUUUCACCGAGGGGGACCUCGUUGCCUUGCUCGAGCAGGUCAUCAUGAUCCCAAAGACACCAGUCCUCCCGACGCCCAUUCCGAAGCGCACGUACUCGUUGGCGCUCUUGGUUUUAGCCCACCUCAGAAUCCCGUCAAGCUGGGUUGCCAGGCUCGACGGCAAGAUAUUCGACGCCCUCGACAGCGCUUGGAACGUGCUGGGCACCGGCGGGCCACCGUUUGCCUUUAAGGAUUCAGCGGUGGUCAAACGCGAGGCCUUCACUGCGCUCUCUGCUCUCCUCCGCUUUUACCCCCAGAUCAUGGUCCCAGGGUAUAAGCGCUACUUGGCCACCUCACUCCGAGCCCUAUCAGCAAUAGACACUGAGAUGCGCCGCCUGGCCUCGGCUGCCAUUUCCGCCUUCGUCAAGGCACGAUACCAGCUCCUCGCUGACGCCGAGCUGGCUGUUCAGUUCGACAGGGAGCGAAACGCCAAGGUCGAGUGGGAGGACUUACGGGAUCUCGUGCACAGGAUGAAGCCCUCACCUAGGCGUUACAACGAUACCAGGCCCGACAAUGGUCAACAGGUCCGGACGGAGUGGAGUUGCCUAGAGGCCGCAUUCAAGUCACUGAUCGGGAAGCAGGAAGACGUUGCCUGGGCUUGCUCGACCUGGGCUGUCGUUGUGACCUUGAUGGGCUCGUCGUACAACUCGUUCCCUCUCGGCAUUCUCCUGGAUCACAUUAUGGACCGCUCGCUGCAACCAUCAUCAAACACGGUCCGCCCCGCUCUGGCAUGCACUGCUUGGCAGCAUGCCAUCCACGCAUACCUGCUUGCUGGGUCCUCUUGUUCCAUUUCAAAUGGUCGCAUGGUGCGCUCCUUCAAUCCUUUCACGGCAUCAUCUGGCCUCAGCGCUACAGCUCGUGUCAACCGGAUCAUGUUCCCCUUCAAGAAUGCCAUGCAGGAGGCCCUCGAUGUGCGGAACUUUGCUCGCGCACUGGUAGAGUUCCCCGAGUUCCGCAACGACAAGCGCUGGACCUGGAAGCGAAGCGAGAAGCCGCGCAGGACAGCGUAUAUGAUCUCCACCGGCUCCAUUGCGCCCGCCAUCGUCUUCGCCUAUACUACUCUUGCACUCGACCAUGAGGACCAGGUCGCCAGGGAGGUCUCGCGGCUCUCAGGAUUGCCAUCGUCGGAUGGUAUCGUGUCCGACCUCACACCCGAGGAGCAGCGCCUUCCGCGUUUGGACCAGACAUUUGAGCUCAUCCUGCUGCCUAUCCUAAAGCAAUCAUUCCCCAUUUGCGGCGUUGACAUCCUCAAAACUCAAGCGUGGUCGAUCUUUGAGGCCAUCACCGCGGAACCUGCACCUAACGCUCCUCGGCGGUCCAUCGACCGGCUCCUUUCCUGGCGGUUCCUCAAAGGUGAUGUAAUCAGCUUGGAGGCGACCGACCAGGCUCUUGCCCAGGAGCUGGCCACUGCUUUCGAAGGGGACCGCAUUAAGCCCUCCGAGAUCCCAGCGUGGGGCAAGCUCUGGAUUGCCAAGAGACUGGGCAAGCUACUCGCGCUGUUUGUGGACGCGUUCGACGGAAUUAGUGGAAUCAACACUCUCAGCUCAGUUGACUGGGUGCGUAACGCAGAUGGCAUCGUCCUUCUUCCCAAGACGCUCGCACGGGUAUGGACCAACCUUCUCGGCGCCAUGUCGAUCACGCACGUGCCCGACGGACCCGCCACUCCCCUCUUCAAGGUCGGUCUGCAUGCUGUCAUGAGGACGCUGCUGGACAUCUUCGACCGCGACCCGGCGGCAUACCUGCCUAUCUGCCUUCUCAACGAAGAGGGCCAGUCGACGCUGAGUCCUGCAGCGAUCCGCCUGGGCGUAGUUAUGCACCUCUUCCGCCUUGCAGAAGAAGUCCUCGGCGAGCGGGUCCUGGGUACCGUGCAGGGCGAGUCUUCCGCCCAGCAACGAGCUCAGGACGAGGACGAGGCAUUCGGUAGCCCAACUGUGGCGGGCCACCUGUUGAAGCACAUCCUGCGUUCCGAUCUCAUGGCUCAGAUGGACGACAAGACGCGCGAGCGCUUCAUGGAGUUUAUAGGAUCCCUGCUCCGCAUCGGUUCAGCACAGAAUACGCGGAUGCUGGGACACGUCGCCAACGCGAUGCCGUGGAUCUUUGAGCAUAACGAGCGCUUGCAGCUGGACGUUUGGCGCACACUUGCUCUUGCCUGGAUCGACGCCGUCGAUUUGCAGCCCUCGGACACGGCGGCCAGGACCAACUACACGGGUGACUUGCUUGUAAGCCUUCUCUCGUGCCCAUUCCGCAAUGAAAACUCCGACUCGGUUUGGUACAGCAACCCGGCCGACAAGGACCUCACAGCAUGGGAUUCGCUGCUAGAGACGACAGUCUUGCGCUUCCGCGCAAAGCGUGUCGGCUCCAACUUUGGUGUUCUUGAGACGCUCGCCGCCCACUUGCAGGACUUUGCAGUGGUCUCCGAUGAUCGGAUGGCCAACGAGGCUCGCAUGACUGCGCCCACUACGUUACACUGCCUCGCCGUCGCAGCAUCCAAGGUCUCAUUCGUGCCUACCGAACAUUAUCACGCCUCGCACUUCAGUAUCAACGAGAAUUACGUCCCCGUCGACUUCCUCGGCUACGUCUCUUCGGCGCUCAACGCGUCAUACCCCUCCGCCCAGCCGAGCGCCAUUGCCCUGCUGAUCAGCUCCAUUGCAGGCGUUUUCCGAGCGCUUCCCGCCGACUCGGUACCCGAUAUUUUGGAGCCACUGCGAACCUCGUUGGUCAAGUGGAUGACAGACGAGGCGAAGGUGUCCACGGGCGACCUUGUGCGCCAGCUCGAUGACCUGUACAUCGCCGUUCUGGGCGCCAUUACUCUCGCCAUCGAGAACGGCAGCAUGCCAGCCUCGAGCGCCACAAUGAACAACCUCAUUGACAUCUAUGCGCCUCGCCUCUCGUGUGCACAGAGCGCUGCCGUCCCAACCGCAUUCCAGGACUUUUGGCGCCGGUCGUUCCAGCCCGUUUCCGGACUUGAGUAUUCCGACGACGUCGCCGGCUUCCUCCAGGAUGUGCUCGCUGCUGUUCCAGGACUCAUUAUUGUUGAGGGCCUGUACUCCGACGAGUCACAGUCGGCAGCUAGUGAACGCUUCCCUCACGCCGAAUCAGUGCCAACGCAGAUCGUAGACACCCCACUCGAGAUGUCUGCCGACCUCGUGACUGAGACACAAUCCCAUCCGUAUGAGGAGGAGGCGGACGACGUAAUCGACCUGUCCCUCGACGAUGCUGCCAGCCCACAUCCGACUGAGGUUGAAGUGCCCAACGUUCCCAUCGACUACGACGCCGACGUGUCGCAGACGCAGCAGACUCAAUUGGAAACGCGCAAGCGCAAGAGUGAGGUCCUGAUCGACACGUCACCAUCCUCGGCGGACUCGCCAGACGUCUUUGGGCCUAGGAAACAAGCCAAGCAGAGCAAGAGCAGUCGGAGACACAAGCGGUCGAAGAUGGCGCGCAGGUCACGCGAGUCGACUUCACAUGUCGGCGACGAAACCGUGAUCCCUGGUACCGACAUCGAGGACGAGGAGCCAACGCCCUCGCGCCCAUCGGCGAAACAGGCGCACUCCAACGAAUCCAUGUUGGGACGUUUCCUCAGGCGCGUGCCGACCAUAGGCGCGUUCUUCACAGAGCGCGUACCCGCGUCCUACGAGCCCGCGUCCUACGAGAUCGAGGAUACGGAUGUUGACGAGGACGAGGGGACCAGUCGGUCCGAGCCGAUCAGUGAGAUUGGGAACAAUACAUACGACGAGUUGGUGAGCCACCAGGACAUCGAGAUGGAGCAAUCACAGGCGACCCCAUCUGCUGCUGAGGGCGACGCCGCGCCGGAAGUCGAACUUGAGGAAGGUGAGGGCGAGGCGAGGCCUUCCUCAUCCACGCCUCCAGUCCCCGCCACCCGUAAGGCUCGAGCCAAGCAGUCGACGCCCUCUCUCGAGCCGACGCAGACCGACUCGGUUCCAAGCUCGCAGCAUGGCUCGCGGCGGCGCCGUUCUCGGCGCGUCGCAGUCGAGUCGCCGGCAGAGGUACGCACCACUCGCUCCCGUAAGGGCGUAAGUGUUGGACCAUCUGCCGCGGGAGUCGCUGCUGCCCCAAAGCACUUGGCCGCCGACUCAACUCCUGAGGUGGAGGAAGCCCAGCCCGGUUCUCCCAAGAACGACCACCAGACCGAAGACUCACAGCGUGCCACUCGAUCCUCGUCCCGCCGUAAACGCGCGUCGGACAGUGUGGAUGCGAUGCCGGCCAAACGUCUCCGCUCGACCGCACCUGCCCCCACCGCCCCCUCCCCGCCCGAGAGGAGCAAGGACGCCCGCGUCCUCCGCCGUGAGCGCCGGCAGCGGGCCGCCAAGGCUGCCAGCGCUGAGCACCGGGAAAAUGAUGUGGAGGUGCCAACUGUCGCACGCGAGCCGGAGGUCGAGGUGCUAGCGGAGGCAAUCGAGACCGAGCCCGUCGCGGAGCCGGAAGAGGUCGCUGAGCCCGCGGACCUUGAGGGUGACGCUGAGCCCACGGAGGCUGAGCUCGACGCCGAGGACAUGGAGCGCGAGCCUGUCCUCGUCGAAGAGAUGCAGGUCGAGGCUCCAGCGGUGCCCGAGCCUGGGAUGGAGAGUGAGAUCGGCCAGUCGCCCGAUCUUGAGGAGGGCGAUAUCGAGAUUGAGGGGAUGCCUGCUGAGGCUCCAGUUUCCGCCGUGGUCGAGCUCCCCCAAGAAGAGCCCGCGGACCACACGGCCGAGGUUCCCUGCGCUUUCCUAGACGCACCUUCCGUGAUCGAGGGCGCCCCGGUCUUGCCCAAUGCGUCCGUCGACGACACGCCCGACCGCUCCGAGGCGAUCCCCUCGGCCUUCAUGGACGCUCCCACGCCCGUGCCGGCGCCCAAGGCCGCCCCUGCUCCCGUCGAUAACCAAGACGACAUCCUCGACGAAGACGAGGAGGAGGUCGAGCGCCUCGUUGCCCAGAAUCGCCUGCUGGGCGCCCUGGAAGAGGUCGUGGCCGACGAGGCGCUCGCGCACCUCGACCUGACCGGCAUCAACGCCGUGCUCGCGUACGCGCGCCGCCUGCAGGAUGCCGCGAUGGCGACGCUUGCUGCAUUCGCACGCGACGGCGAGGCGGGCCGCCGACGCGCCCGCAUUUCAUAG